CAAAGCUGCACCGGAAUCGGAGCAUGAGAUGCGCAAGGCCCUUGAGGACGUGCAGAAGGUGAUAGACAUUUCGGCAGACCGGCUUGAGGGUCUCAGGACGCGGUGCUUCACCAGUACCGAGCUCACCCAGCAGGAGAUCCGUUCUCUUGAGGGAAAACUAAUAAAAUUAUAUUCAAAACAACUUGUUACCAAAGAAAAACUUGUCAAUGAGUCUUUAUCCACGGAGAUGGAACAGUUUCCGUCUCUCAAGCAAUGGCUGCAAGUUGUAGGUUUAACUCCAGAAUCCAUACAGUUGGUGUGUUCCAAAACCAGUACUUUGGAAGCUUUGAAAGAAAAAUCGGAACAUGAGUUGGGGUCACUGCUGGGUAAAAACAGUACCCAACACAAAGAAGAGCUGCGCAGAUUAUGCAGGGCACUUUGUAAUCUUCGGUGCUAUAUGGAUGCCCUCGUUCGCGGUGAUAUAGAUAGUGAUAUGAAUUUAUACUGGGAUUCCUGGAAUAUACCUAACGUAAAAAGUGGUCCAUCUCCUCGGCCCAUCCGAACUCGCGUCCCAAGAAGUUCCGUGCCCUCGGAAGACAGCAUUCCAUACUCUAAUAAUAAGAAUAAUAAUUUUUACACUCAUGCGCUAGGUCAGUCCUCCUCUGUUGUCUCGUUAUCGUCCACCAGUCCACCCGUUACUCCUCUCUCGUAUAAGGAUCAAGCUAUAAAUACGUUUAAAUUUUCUACGACACCACCCAUAUCUAAACGAAAUCAGAAUGGACCAGAUAAUCUCUCUCAAUCAGAUGUGUUUUCGUUAACAAAGUCAAAGUCUCACGAAUCGCAAUUAGCAAAUCGUCUUGAAAACGGAGAAAUAGCUUCAAGUUUCGUUAGCGAUCAACAAUCGGCUACUACGGGGCGGAGAACGCGUUUACCUACAGCACCCGGUUCAUAUGGUAUAGGCAGUGAUAUCGAUGGCUCGUUACUCAACAGUAGCAGUCCCAUCAAGUCUCCACCUUAUUCAAACGUGGAAGGCGACGACAAUGCUUUUAGGCCAAUCGGGACGAGCCUUCAAGUGCCAAAGUCUCCAAGAACGCCGACGAUGGGACAAAUGACACACACAAUCAAGCAUCGUUUUACAAAAAAUUACACAGUGCUUUCUACUACAUGUGACUUUUGUAAUAAGCCAAUGUAUUGGGGUAGAAGUUUGAAGUGCAAAGAGUGUAAAUUCAAGUGUCACAAAGAGUGCGAGUCUCAUGUACCUGCUUCGUGCUGCUUACCUGCGGAAUUGGUAGAAGCGUUCAAAAUUCGUUACCUCUCGGACAGUGCGUAUGCAUCCAGUGUCUCUCCAGUAAUGUCUAAAACAGAAACCAUGUCGCCGAAUCAUCACAGCUUAAAUUAUCAUCCUACUCAUCGAAAAGAUCGAAAAUCAUCGCAUCCAUUUCCAUUGGUACCAUUAUUUCAGGGUGCAGAUUCUAGUUCAAAUACUUCGAGCUGCAACAGCUCAACACCGUCUAGUCCUGCCUUGUUGUUACCUACGAAUCCUAGCCAAACUCCCCAGGCAAGCAUCAAAGCGCAGUUCCAUUUUCCAGAAGUCGCGCCUAACGGUAAAGGCGUUACUUUGGAAACACAUAGACUGGAGAACACGAUGUCCAGCGAUAGUGACAGAACGGUGAGCAAUUCAGGGUCUGGGAGCGUCAGUGCAGAUUCAGAAAGGACUCCUGUUCGGGUUGAUUCUCAGGAUUCGCAAGUGUCGGACGGAGAAUCCGGAGAUAGCCGAUGGCCGAGGCAAAAUAGCUUAUCGAUACGCGAAUGGGACAUUCCAUAUGACGAACUGAAAAUCGGGGAACCUAUCGGUAAAGGAAGGUUCGGUACUGUGUACAGAGGCAACUGGCACGGUGAUGUAGCUAUUAAGGUUUUAAACAUGGACUAUUAUCUUGAUGAUGAUAAAACACUUGAAGCGUUCAAGCUUGAGGUAGCAACAUUCCGAAAAACAAGACACGAUAAUUUAGUAUUAUUUAUGGGAGCUUGUAUGAAGCCUCCGCGCUUGGCAAUAGUAACUAGUAUGAGCAAGGGCAUGACUCUUUAUACACAUAUUCAUUUGCGUAAGGAUAAAUUUAGUAUGAACAAAACUGCAAAUAUAGCCCAACAAAUUUGUCAGGGAAUGGGGUAUCUUCAUCGUCGUGGAAUAGUUCACAAAGAUCUCAAAAGCAAGAACUUAUUCCUAGAAAAUGGAAAAAUUGUGAUAACUGAUUUUGGUUUAUUUAGCGUUACUAAACUUUGUUAUGGAAACAGGAUGGGUGAUGGACUGAGCAUACCACCUGGUUGGCUAUGUUACUUGGCUCCUGAAAUCGUUAGACGAUUGCGGCCCCAGCAAAAUAGGGAUCAGGAGGAAUUACCAUUUACCACAAUGUCCGACGUCUACUCGUUUGGCACUGUUUGGUAUGAACUGUUAUGUGGCGAAUGGCCUUUGAAAGGACAACCGCCAGAAGCGAUAAUUUGGCAAGUGGGCAAAGGAAUGAAACAAAGUUUGGCAAAUUUACAGGCCUCUCGCGAUGUCAAGGACAUUUUAAUGCAUUGUUGGUCGUAUCGCGCUGAUAAUCGACCAGAAUUUAUAAGCCUCCAGGCGUCACUCGAAAAGCUACCUCGUAAAAGGCUAGCACGUAGUCCUUCACAUCCGAUUCAUAUUUCUCGUUCUGCGGAGUCAAUGUUUUAAAUACACUUUAAUAUUUAAAUACGAUGCUGUUCUCGUAGUGUAUAUAUGUAGCAAUUGUGAGUUAUCGCCACCUGAUCUUUGUUCAUAAAAAAA